AUGAAGCUAUUUUCGGGUGCAUCGCUUAUCGGCCUUCUCGCCACUACUGGCCUUGCCAGCGCGAAGGGAACCCAAGCGCCAUUUUCCAUCUCCAAGUUCUCUGCAGGAGCUACUCCGCAUUCGUCGGUCGGAUACGUCGAACUUACUUGGUCGUACUCUAGUGGCCAGAACUCGACGACAUGCUCAGCAAAGCCGGGAACCUACCAAGUCUUCCCUUCCGUCGUGAAGACUGCGUGCAGCGACCCGUUGACAUUCUUUAACUUGACUAAGCGCUCAGACGGCGGAGCUGACCUUGAGCUUUGGUAUCAGGAGGCGUAUGCCAUCCACACCAUCUCGGCGGAACAAAUCGUAUGGACGAACCAGCAGUCGCCGACCGGAACCGUGCAAGUCUACUCAGGCCCCCAGAACUUCACCGUAAAGGCAAAUUACCCAGAGAACUAG